AUGUCUCUUUCCGGCAUUAUAUCUCAGGAUAUAACGCAACAAAUAGAUCUCCCGACUACAACUACAUCUGCAAGAGAGGCGUCGGUGUUUAAAGCAUAUCAAAACGAUCCAUGGCUGCAUGGAACUGCGCAAAAUGUGAUAGAUCAGAAGAUGCUAGAAGUAGAUCGUGAUUUACUUUUCCAAAUUCUUAUGAUAGAAAAUGUUAGUAAAUCAAAGCAGACUCAAUAUGACGAUUUGAAAGCUAAGAUUGACCCUAAAAAUCAAAAAGUUGAUCGAUUGAAAGAUUCUAAUGUUAAAGGUCCGAAACGUUACCAAAUGGUAACUCAAGUUAAUAUGGAAGAUGAUAAUCUUUCUCAAAGAAAUAAUAAUGUAUUAAAUGACAAAUCAGUUUUCAAAUUGGCGAUACAAAGUAAAGCUGGUGAUAUCUUCUUUGCUGUCAAUACCACUCCAUUACCAUGGAGUUCAUGCAUGCUAGGUUCUAAAAUAACAAUAAAACCGGGGACGAUCUUUAACAGAGGCAUGUUUAUAUUAAAGGAAUCAAACGUCACCUUCUUAGGUGGUAUUAAUAGAACUUGGAACGAAAAUAAAGACUAUAAAAUGUGCGAUUAUUUUGAAGCUAAACUUGAUCAAUACAAAUCCACUAUAAAUAAUAACACAAGGAAAAGGAGAGCCCCUGCAACUUGA